AUGCAACAGCACCGACGGAUGUUGCAACCGCCAUUUUCACGCUCUCGAGUGGGACAAUUCAAGCCAGUGCAGAAGCGAGAAGCUGUACGAGCAGCCCUCUGCAUGGUCCGAGACCCUGAACAUUGGGCCAAGGCAGCAACAAGAUUUGCUGUCGGGGUGGUUCUGGAUAUAAGUUAUGGCAUCGAGCUGAAAUGGACUGGAUAUUGUAACAACAACAACCGUUACGUCGCACUCCUGGAUGAUGCAAGCAAGGCAAUAGGGGAUGCCGGGCCCCCUGCCAGUAGUAUAGUUGAUCGCUGGCCUCUUACAAGGCACCUUCCCGCGUGGCUACCAUUCAUGGAGCGCCUGCGAUAUGCCAGAAAGUGGAGCUCGGCAAUUGUCCAAGUGACCAAUUUCCCCUUUUCGGCCGCACUGAGGGAGAUGCUCUCGACGUCCCUUGAGAAAACCACAAAGCCAAGCUUUGUGCGCGAGAGACUCGAUGUGUUUCGGAGAAACCAACAGGCUGGUGUGCACAAUGACUUUGGCAUGGAUGAUAUCAAGGGUUCUGCUGCAACCAUCCUCAUUGCUGGAAGCGAUACGACGGCAACCGCCGUGCGAUUGUUCAUUCUGUACAUGAUGCAGAACCCCCGAGUCCAAAAGCGCGCGCAGACCGAGAUCGACCGCGUCAUUGGCACGACGACAUUGACAGAGAUGAGACGACUUCCGACGUGGGGAGACAUGAACAAGCUUCCUUACCUCGCCCUGUUACUUCAAGAGGUAUACCGCAGCAACCCUCUGUCGCCGCUCGGGAUACCCCACGCCACGCUUGAGGACGAUGAAUACCGGGGCAUGCUGAUACCGAAGGGGACGGUCGUGUACCCCAACGUGUGGGCUAUGGCUCAUGACCCCCUGGUGUACUCGACCCCCGACGAGUUCCUACCCGAGCGCUACAUGCCGCAGGGCAGCACCACAAUUGGGCAGACCAAGGACGAUGGAGCGCCGGGACGUGGAGAGCCGUUCCCUGUAGGCAACUUUGGUUUCGGCAGGCGGAUUUGCAUCGGGCGCACCCUCGCAGAGAACAGCCUGCUGAUAGUGUUUGCCACGAUUUUGGCAACGCUGGAAAUCGGGCCACCAGGAGGCGAGGACGGCCAAGAGGACCAAGAGGUGCAAUGGUCAUUCAGGGGUCAGGCGUACCCUUUGCCUUUUAGGUGCUCCAUUGUGCCAAGGUCUGGCAUGGCAGUAAGCCUGCUGGAAGAUUCGGCGGGUGACCCUGAAAAUCGUGAAAGAUUUUAG